CCAAAAAACUCCACUCUCUGUGUGGAAUCCGCGAAACGAAAAAAAAGAUAGGCAAAAAUUAUUUAAUCCACUGCGCCUAUCAGAUAGCAAAAAGUUGCCCUUUCACUAUCUGUUUGCCUGAAACUGUUCGUCGGGUGAAGUACUUAUUAAUAGCUUAUCCGGAAAGUGUUAUUUAAGUGCAUCAAACGGCAAAAGUGGAAAAAUCGAAAAUGGCUCGCUCUGCAAGUCCGGGAGGAUUUUCUAACUACGAGGAUGAUUCGUUGUUCCAGAAUGCAGCUUAUACGCACGACAUAAGCGAACAGAUGCGAGUACCGAAGCGGAUUCGUGCCACGGGAGGCUAUUUCGAAGAACACGAGCUACUUUCCAAUGGCAACGGUGAGAUCAAUUCCUGGAACUAUCGCGACAAAAUAGAAAUGAACGUUCCUGACAGGAUUGUUGUGCUUGGUCAGGAUCAACAUUUAGUUCUUACAUCAGGCACCAAAUCGGCUCCGCGUGAGAUUAUGCUGGAGAAUUCCAUUCUACCGAAAGAUCCGGGUUUUGUGCGCGUUUCAACACCGCCGAGGGUAAUUUCCCUGGCGGAACAUCACUUCCCAUCGGCUUCGGACCUCCCGGAGUAUGACAACAAAGAACUGCAUGAUCAAAACUAUGACGACUACGAGCCACGCUCGCUGGAUUCGAUUGAGGACGCUAACAGUAGCAUGAACGUGGGAAAUAGACAGCGCCUUGGUCAUGCUGGCGGCCGAGAAGGAAUUACAGGAGGAGAACUACAGAAGAGGGCAACAUUUUCCAAACACAAUUCCGAGCUGAUUGUCGGCAGGAGCUUCCGGGACGAGACACCAACCUUCGGCGGAAGUGUUGAAAAUCUAACACCGUCCGAAGAGAUGACCCAUCUGCGCCGUCAGGUGGCCAAAAUGAACCGACGGUUGCUGUCCAUCGAACUGGACAACAUGCAACGGCAGCAGCGGGAAAAGAUCGUCUAUUGCGUUGGUUUGGCUUAUCUGCUGUUGAAAACAUUCAUGUGGCUUAGUCGGAAGUAAGACAGCUCUGCUCAUCCCAAAGAUAUUCGUUCGCUACCCAGGGCACUUCAUAAGAACGUUUGAUGAAGUCAGGAGAAGAGAUCUAACAUUGGCAGACAAACUAUUUAGCUGAAAAUAGUCCUUAUAUAAGAGUCAACCACAGAUGAACAAAAAGCACACGUUUCCCCUACGCGGAUAAAUGCGAGAGAGAAACCCGAAAUACAAAAUAUUAUUGCAAUAGUCAGUGAUGGUACAAUGUGGAUUAUUAGAGCAGGAAAGUCAUUUGCUUUUUUAAUUUUCAAAGUGCCACUCAAAAUUUACUCUGGCGGCAACGACAUUUUCUAUUAGACUGGUAUUCUUUUUUUUUUAAUUUUCUAUAUUCUUUUCAACUGUAGCAUAGCAUUAAUGAAAACUUUUAGCGUUUAGAAAAAUCUAAUGUUUUUCACUGAAGUAAAGUUGUUUUAAUUUAAAUUUCAGCUCGAGAGGCUGAUUGUCCUAUUUUGUGGAAAAAGAAGAGCAUAAAAAUUUACAACCGAAAUGGUUUGGCGUUUUGUAGGUACCUGCAUGAAGCCGCUGCAACAUAUUCCCCUUUCCCUCUCGAAACAUGUAUUUGCGAACACAACUUUAGUCACGUCAUGUUAAAACUAAGAAUAAUAAAGUUUACCAUAAAUUAU